AUGCAUCACAAGGAGUGCGAAACACACGAGGAGUGUGUCGAGGGGACAGAAUGGGGUGACAUUUGGGUCAGUUUAGGUACAAUGUUAUUGUCGGCAGUGUUUGAGAGGGAAAUAAGAGCAAAUGGCGGUAAACCCGUGUAUACAGUGGUGGCCCCGAAGACGUUGCGGCCAAACGCCGAUUACCACAUCUAUGUCUCGUUAUAUGACAUCCCGGCGCCCAUCGAAAUGGUGGCCACUGUUAUCGGUCCGGCACACAGUGUGAGCACAGGUGCCGUUACAUUCAAUACGGCUGAGUCCAAAGUUCUAACCCUAGCGAUCGGCGAUUGGCCCGAAGGCCCAACUCAUGACCCCUUCACCUAUAAGUUGCAGGUGAAGGGAAAGGGCGCCUACUUUACCACAGUCUACGAAAAGCCAGUACAGCAUAACCACAAUAACUCACACCCAAUCCCAACCAAUGAAACCACAUCUGAAGGCUUAUAUUUACUUCUCUGCGAAUUAAUACUUGGCUUUUCACACAGCCAUAAGUAUGUUUGUCUGUUUGGAUACAUAUUUGGGCCUCUCUUUCAUGUCAACUCUCGGCAACACCAGUUGGGUAGCGACCAGUCCAAUUAUAAUACUCCAAUUGAUAUCCAUAUUAAGGACGGUAACGGAAAGCGUGUCAUUGAAUGGACAAAAUUGUAUCCGAAAAACGGUAUCAUUUCUGAAGAGCUGCAACUGUCGGGUCAGCCCGUGUUCGGCAACUGGACUAUCGUUGCCGAAGCGUUGGAACGCAACACAACGAAGGCAUUCACUGUCGCCGACUAUGAGUUGCCCACGUUUAACGUGGAGGUAGUGUUGCCAACGUAUGCGACCAGAAAUCGGUCAGAAGUGACCGCAACUGUUAAAGCAUUUGAUGCCAAUGGGAAGGCUGUUAAGGGGGAUCUCACUUUUGAAGUCACUAGUCUUAAAAGUUCGUUGUAA